AGGCCGUCCGCCACCCGCCAUCUACUCUCGCCCGACCCUCUCCACUCCGCCCUUUCUUCUCCAUACCCCGGUCCAUCCGCCGUAGAGAAGAUCCACCAUGUUGUCGACCACUCGAUCCGCAGCUUCAAUGGCUCUCAGAGUCAAGCCCGCCACCGCGCUCACGCCCUUCCGCGCCGCCCCCGCUGCCUGGAUCUCGAGCUCGAGCAAGACCAGCGCCACCCCGAUGCAGAGGCCCGGCCUCAUCGCCGACGGCCCGGGCGCGCCGCUGCCCAUGAAGAAGGAGCGCCGUGAGGUGCCGCUCCCGAGCCAGGAGGGAAAGAAGGGUGUCGUGCAAUACGCGCUCACGACGCUCGACCAAAUCGCCAACUGGGCGCGCCAGGGCUCCCUCUGGCCCAUGACGUUCGGUCUGGCAUGCUGCGCCAUCGAAAUGAUGCACCUGUCGACGCCGCGCUACGAUCAGGACCGUCUCGGUAUCAUUUUCCGUGCCUCGCCCCGCCAAUCCGACGUCAUGAUUGUCGCCGGCACUCUCACCAACAAGAUGGCCCCCGCUCUGCGCCAGGUCUACGACCAGAUGCCCGACCCGCGUUGGGUCAUCUCCAUGGGCUCGUGCGCCAACGGCGGCGGCUACUACCACUACAGCUACUCGGUCACGCGCGGCUGCGACAGGAUCGUGCCCGUUGACAUUUACGUCCCCGGCUGCCCGCCCACGUCCGAGGCGCUGAUGUACGGCAUUUUCCAACUGCAGAAGAAGAUGAGGCACACCAAGAUCACCCGCAUGUGGUACAGGAAGUAAAUUGGCUAUUGGAUGGCGGCUGCACAGCGGCUGGUAUGGCAUGAGUAUUAUGGCGUAGAUCUCUUUUUCGGCCGAUGCGUCUGGCUUCAUUGUACAAAUUGGAGCACUGUCUGAUAUACCAUCGAACUUUCCUUUUUCUUUUGUCGAAACCGUGGAGUCCUUGUACGCAUUACUGAAAAUCAACAAAAAGGCCCGACGAGAAAAGCGUGUGUCGAAAUACAAUCGAAGUAGAUAUGAACGGUUCGGACAGUUGCAAAGUACUCCGU